AUGCGGCCCACGAGGGCCUCGGUAAGGCGGCAAGCCGCUGCCCGAUCAAACACCUCACAAACGCCAUCCUCAAAUCCUUCGAAAUCUACGACAAAGAAGGAGCCUGGCAGCCAUACUCAGGCAGCCUCUACCAAACGCAAGGGCCAAUCUCAGGAUUCUGUGCAACAACCCGAGAAAAGCAGAGCCACCGCACGCCCUGCAAAAAAGAGCAGGACAGCAACAUCACCAUCCACUGCCUUGAACCAGCCUCCCUCUCAGCCUCUUACAGUCUUUGUAGUAGGCAGCGGUGAGUGCGGUGAGCUCGGUCUAGGACCCCAAAUCACAGAAACUCAUCGUCCCCGGAUAAACUCCUUCCUCGACCCUAAUGACUCUUCAUCGAAAUUCAAGGUUGUCCAGCUGUCUUGUGGUGGCAUGCACACUAUCGCCUUGACUUCAGAUGGCAAAAUCGUUACAUGGGGCGUAAACGACAACUACGCUCUUGGAAGAGACACUGACUGGGAUGGCGUGAUGAAAGAUGUAGACGCUAGCUCAGGUAGCGAAGAUGAGGCAGAGCUGAAUCCUUAUGAAUCAACUCCUACAGCAGUGUCCAUCCCUUCUGAGAUACGAUUCACACAAGUUGCCGCUGGUGAUAGCUGCAGUUUUGCCCUCACAGAAGACGGCCAUGUCUGGGGCUGGGGCACGUUCCGCGACGGCUCAGGACAUGAGCAAUUCGGCUACGACACAAACGGAAUAUUCAUAAAAUGCCAGAAAACCCCCAUCCAAAUCCGCGACAUCAGCAACAUCACCCAGAUAACCUGCGGCGCAAACCACAUCCUAGCCCUAGACUCCUCAGGCAAAGUCUGGGGCUGGGGCUCUCACGAACAAAAUCAGCUCGGCCGACGUCUCUUUGGUCGACACACCGAGCACCUAAAACCUCGUCUCGUCGAGGUAUGUCGCGGAAAGGCCAAGUACAUCGUCUCGGGAGAGUACCACGCCUUUGCCAUCGAUCACAAGGAUGACGUCUGGGCUUGGGGACUCAACAGCUUUGGCGAGGCGGGAUAUGCUGAUGGUGCUGGGAGCGACUCGGCUCUUUUACCGUAUCCCAUGAAGAUCCGUGAUCUCUGCGGUAGAGGCGUCACUUUAAUCGACGGCGGCGCUCAUCACUCGGCAGCAGUAACAGCAACAGGCGAAUGUCUAGUAUGGGGUCGAAUAGACGGCGGACAACUCGGCAUAUCCUUCACACCCGCCCAACUCCAAGACCCAGAGCUAAUCCGCCACGACGAACGAAACAAUCCUCGCAUUUGUCUCCGUCCAACACAAGUUCCCCACGUCGGCAAGAUGAUCCACGUAGCGUGUGGUACAGACCACACAAUCUUUAUCAACAAGAUGUGGAAGGCAUAUGCGACGGGUAUAAACUCGUCCGGCCAGCUCGGCGUUGGUUCGGACGAUGAUCUCGAUGUGCCACGCGAGGUGCGGAGUAAAGACCUAGAGAGGGCGUGGUUGAGCUGGGCGGGAGCCGGGGGACAGUUUUCGGUCGUUGCCGGCUGGUUGUGA